AUGUCGCAAACCAUUGGAAAGACUCGUCUUGCCUAUUCCCGGACAUGGCACUAUGUCGAUGCCGGCUCCGACCCGCGCUCUCUCGGCCGCCUUGCCUCGUCCAUUGCCCUGGUCCUCAUGGGCAAGAACAAGCCGAUCUACGACCCCUCGACGGAUUGCGGUGACUACGUCGUCGUGGUGGGUUGCCAUGACCUGCACACUACGGGGAAUAAGCGCCUCCAGAAGAAGUACUACACGCACACGACGCGGCCUGGUAGCCUGAAGAGCAUGACUAUGGACCAGAUGUUCGCCAAAUGGGGCGGUGGUGAGGUGCUACGGCGCGCAGUGAAGGGCAUGCUGCCUAAGAACCGGCUCCAGGAGCCGCGGUUGGCUCGACUCAAGACGUUCGAGGGUCUUCGCCAUCCCUACAAGCAUAACAUCAUCAAAUUCGGCAACCAAUCGGUCCUGGGCAACCUACCCGAAGUGCAAGAAGCCUUCCAGCAGACCAAGUCCGCAUAA